UACAUUAGCAUUCGUCCUCCAAGUUUCCACACAACAACUCGUAAGCAAUCGUGAGCGCUUUCAAGUUUCAUCAAUCUUCUUUUUUCAGGUCCUUCAUUCCAUUAUGGCUCUCUCUAAGGCUCUAAUUGCUUUCCUUCUCUUCUCUGUCCUUGUUCUCCAAAUGGUUGAAGCUGAACAAACGCUGGGCAGCUCUGACGCAACUAAAUUAGAUUGUGGGGCAGCUUGUUCAGCGAGGUGCCGGCUUUCGUCGAGGCCAAGGCUUUGCCAGAGGGCUUGUGGGACUUGCUGUGCUAGGUGCAACUGUGUUCCUCCAGGCACAUCUGGUAACGAGGAAGUCUGUCCUUGCUAUGCCAAUAUGACCACACAUGGCAACAAACGCAAGUGCCCAUAAAUUAAGGAGAAUAGUGGUACGUAGUACAUAGGGGAAGGCUGGCAUGGAAUAAUAUAAUAAUGUGUUUCCUCUUUAUGUAAAACCAUUGGUGGUUCAAUGGUUUAAUCACUGUUCUAUAAUCUAUGUAAGAAUUAUAAAAUAGAUAAUAUAAUAUUUCAAUGUUUUGAAUUAA